AUGCGCUGCUCCCGAAGCCGGGACCCAGUAGUCUCCGGAGCAGUUGGGAUACCCGGGCCGGCUCCGCCGCUGCAGCCCACACCCCUCGCGGACCCCAUUGGCCGCAUGGAGUCUCCGGAGAGCGCUGGUCGGGGAGAGAUUGUUAAAGAAAUCAAGGUACCACAGGCUGCCCUGAGUGUUCCAGCUCAUGAGACAGGGGACACUUGCCAUACACCUGUGACAGAGGGAGAGGAGGAGGUUGGCAUCCCAAUACCAGCACCGGGGUUCCUGCAGGUUACAGAGAGGAGGCGUCUGCACCCACUAUCUCGAGCUGGCUGCCUACGGUCUCCCUCCUGGACAAAAGCAAGGGCGGAGCAGAACCGUGACAAACAGCCCCCAACUGACCCAGAACGGAAAGGCACAGUUGUGGACUCUUUCCUCACUAUGGAGGGGCCCAAGGAAGAUUAG